AUGUUUUUGCUAGUGCGCUUCUCCAAUAAGCGGCGAGACACCGCAUUGGCAAUAGAGAACGCAAAAUUGUCUGCCGAAACUGUCCAACGAUGUAAUAAACUUUUUACCGGCGAACCGAAAACUGCAGUAGCGACUUCGUAUAAAAGGUGCGGCUAACUGAAGGAAACCACGCAAUCAGCUUCCUUCUCCUUUUUCUUCUCAACUUCGUUUCUUUAACUUUUAAUCAACCAAACAUUUUGUAGGGGAAUGUCGUACGACGAUCCAAAGAAGGUCGCGGAGGAGACCGAGAACUUCCGUCGGCUCGCCUUCCGAGGUACUUCAACUCAUUCGUUUCCUCAGUUUCAACCGCUAAAUUCAUCUCAGGAAUCGUCGUUUCGACGAUUGCAACUUUGACGGCCAUCGUUGCCGUUCCUAUGCUGUACAACUACAUGCAGCAUGUGCAAUCCUCUCUUCAGUCUGAGGCAAAUCACAAGAAAAUUUUCCUCAAACCGUUUAUUUUCUUUUUCAGGUCGAUUUCUGCAGACACCGCACCGACAGCUUGUGGAAUGAGUACCACAACGUAAGAAUUUGAAGAAACACUAGAAAAUACUGAGCAAGUGGUUUCAGUUCGAAGGAGUGACUGGAGUCGAAGGACGCAUCAAGAGAUCGACCUACCAACGCGGAGCCGGAGUCACUGGACAUGCUCGCCGCGCCGUUGCUCGUAGACAAACCGAAGGCAGCUGCUGCUCGUGCGGAGUUGGAUCCGCUGGACCCCCAGGAGCUCCAGGACAGGACGGAAACCCAGGAAACGAUGGACAGCCUGGAUCUCCAGGAGCACCUGGCCCAGACUCUGGAGAUGACAGCUCUCGCAAUGCUCCAGAAUUCUGCUUUGACUGCCCACCAGGUUUUUUUCAAUACGUUUUCUUUUAAUUUUACCAUAACUACUUCAGGCCCUGCUGGACCAGCCGGACGACCAGGAGCUAAAGGUGCUCCAGGAGCCCCAGGAGCUCCAGGAUCUGGAGGCGGCGCUGCUCGACCAGGACCACCAGGACCAGCUGGACCAGCCGGAGCUCCAGGAAACGACGGACAGCCAGGAGCUCCAGGAGCUCCAGGAGCUCCAGGACAAGUCGUCGAUGUUCCUGGCACUCCAGGACCAGCCGGACCACCAGGACCAGCCGGACCAGCUGGAGCCCCAGGACAGCCAGGAGCACCAGGAAACUCCUCCCCAGGAGCUCCAGGACCAGCCGGAGACGCCGGUGCGCCAGGAGCCCCAGGAAGCCCCGGAGCUCCAGGAGAGCCUGGACAAGAUGGAGAGUCCGGUGGCUCUGGAAGCUGCGACCACUGCCCACCACCACGCACUGCCCCUGGAUAUUAAACCACACACUUUCAAUUCCAUCUUAUCCCUUUGUACAGCUCGUAGAAGAAGUGCAGCGAUUCCCAAACCUCUCGAUUUGCUCCUUCCGCUUAGUACGUGUAAACUCGUCAAGUCAAUUUGGGCUCGAUGUAAUAAAAACAUUGAUCUGGAAAUUCUUUCUUUGACUUUACAAAGAAAAAAGAAAAAAACUUUUAUAAGCCACAAUCAACAGUCGAACUCGCCAGUUAUCAAAAGACUUGAGAAUAUAAACAAGAAGUGCUCAUAAAUCCAAGUUAGUUGCCUAGUGUACCUAUCAUUUUGGUCGGCUCGAAAUUUCAUGAGUGAAAAAAAGCGCGAUCCUUUCUUCUCAUAUCGAAAUAUGCCAUUUUUUUGAAAUAUUUUUUUCAAACAAUCAUUUUUCUUAUCUCAUUUAUCUCAUUUCAUCACGUCGACUAGUCGGUCUUAUUGCCGCUCUCUCAUGGGAUAAUAUUCCGACGCCCGUCAGCCCUGGACAAGCUGGGCGCCGUACUGUUCCAACAUGGGGAAGCAGUUUACUCGCUGGUACUACCAACGGCCCAUCAUUAUCUCCCAACGCUAGCUGUCACGCCGGGACUUAUUGGACAACGAUUGUGGACCGUAACCCGCGCCGACGACUAA